AUGGACAUUGAGGAGCUGCGAGCAGCGUCUGGCACAAACUUGGCAGACGACCAAGCUGCGUGUGAUGAGGACGCUGAUGAGGAGAGGGAGGGGGGCAACAUGGGGAGGAACGCGGCAAUAACGGGGACAACAACGAGGAGGGACGGGAGGAAUCUGUCGUGGGCAGGGCAGAUGCUGCGGCUGGAAUUCGAGCUGGCCGAGGCAACGGCGGAGGAACCCCAUCUAGAGCUCAGCUGUGGACAGCUGCGGCGGCGUCUGCAGUUCCUCACAGCCGAAAAGAAUCUUCUGGAUGUGGCGCUUGCUACCGAUGAGGAGGCACUUACGCGAUCUCUUGCGGAGAAGGAAGAGCUUGCGCAGACGCUCACGUCGGGCCUGGAGAAGGCACGGGGAACAGUCCUGCACCUGCGGCAGCAGCAACAAAUUUUGGUGCGGGAGUUAAACGGCAUGCGGGAGGUGAUGUUGCAUGGACGCUCCCACGGACUCUCGACACGUCGAGCCCUCAAGUCACGCCUGUUGAGAGGAGCCUCGGAAUUGGCGCUUGAGAAGCGCCUGCAUGCACGCCUCACAGCGCAAGUGCAGUGGCAGCAGGAGGAGCUUCGUCGGGCGCAGCAGGCGGUGGCGUCGACCCAGGCAAGGGUGCUGCCGAUGACGAGCAACGCACAACAGAUGGAGAGCUUCAAUUGCGUGGUGGCGCUGGCAAAGGAGGCGGCCCGGUGGAUACCUUCGGAGGGCAACACUGAACCGACGUCGCCGCAGACGGAGCGGCCCGAGUCGUACAUUCGGAACCGCGUUGUAGAGUGUCACGAUGCCUGCUUGCGGUUGCGUAGUGAAAUGGCGAAGGCGAUCAGCGAGGACGAAGCCCCGCGGCUUGUGGCGCAGCGGCGGCUGGACGUCUUGGAAUAUCAAUUGGCCGAAUGGAAGCUACGCGAAGAGGCACUUCUCAUUGCAGCUGUGGAGCCGUUCCAGACAGCCGCCAUGCAUGCGUCGACCCUCCCUGUCCCGUUACCAACAGCUGCGGCUCUGCGGCAGGAGGGGGCGCGGCUGUACGCGUGCGUGUCCCACACGCUGCACCGUGGCAGCCGCUGCAGGGCGCUCCUGCAGCUGAUGCAGGUCUACAAGGAUCGUGCGUCGCGCGGGGGCAGACCUCAGGCGCUUCCAUUUAGCCCUGCCGAGUCUCUGGUGGUGAGUUCCCUGCAGCGUACCACCUCGCCUGCCGUCUCCGCCGCCGCCGCCGCCGCGUCGAUGGAUCGGCGGGAAGCAGCGACAGUCACACAAGCGCCGUUUUCCCCCGCGGCGGUGCAGCGGCGGAUGGUGCUGCAGUUCAUCAAGAAUGAACUUCAGCCACUGUACGACUCCUGUCAAAUCUCGCGUGUUCGUUUUAUGGGCGUCGUGGAGCGCGUCUCGCGCUGGUUCCUCACCACCCACCCCGUGCCGCAGCCCGUUCUCGCAGAGAACGAGCAACGGGCCAUCUGCCAGCAGAUUCAAGAGGCACUGACGUGGCAAGACGGGCAUCGACCGCAGCGGCGUAGUGCAUGA